UACUCUCAAGUCAACCCCACUAAUAACUCCAAAAUAACUCUCAUUUACUCGCGCGUCCUUCCACAUUCCUUGCGUUUAGUUUUUUUUCGAAGGACAAUAUAAUAUUCUGAGGAAGACUUAUUCCGGUGUUUGUUCUAUAAUUUUGUAUUUAUUUUAUUUUAUCCAUCCUAUUUAGUAGAAUAUAUAUAUAUUCAAAAUCUUAUCAUAUACUAAUACAGCAACCAGCAAAUACGACAUCAAAUAUUUUAAUAUAGCUUUACAAUUUCGCUACUUUUUUUUGAGUCGCCCACUAUCCAAAGUCCAAACUAAUAUAAUUAUCAGCUUUGAGUCCCUUCAAAACUCAUGAGCUUCUUAUAUAUUUUUUUUUUAUUUGCUCUUUUUUCAUUUGGAAUUUUGACAACCAAGACAUAUGAUUACUAACAGAAAGUACGGAACAUGGAUUUUUGGAUUCCAAAGAUCGAUUCAUUAUGGCCACGGAGGCAGCAAAAGGGCGGCGCUGGUCUUCCUCUUAUUUCUAAUCCUCACGUUCGUGUUUCCACGCGCCGCCGCACAGACCGGAGAUCCUCCGCCUCCGUAUUUAUACGGCCCGACCCGACCUCAAAAAGUUGACCUCAAGAUGGCAAUCGUAAUGGUUCUUCUAGUCACGGUCUUCUUCGUACUGGGCUUCCUCUCCGUUUACACCCGUCAAUGCACUCAAGACCGGUUUCGAGGCAGCGACGAAAUCACGCUCGGUUAUGUCGGGAACUCGUCGAGGGGGCGUGGACUUGAACCAGAAAUCAUAGAGACAUUUCCCACCUUCGUGUACUCCACCGUUAAAGGUCUGAAACUCGGGAAGGGAUCAUUGGAGUGCGCGGUUUGCCUCAACGAGUUCGAGGACAACGAAACGCUGCGUUUGAUUCCAAAGUGCGAUCAUGUGUUCCACCCUGAUUGUAUCGACGCUUGGCUCGUAUCUCACUCCACGUGUCCCGUCUGCCGUGCCAACCUUGUUCCCCAACCGGGCGAGACCCCACGACUAGGCUACACAACCCUCGCAGAUGUCCUCAGCCCAGGCAACGAAGCGGGUCGAUCCGAACCUAGACCAACACCCGAUGAGCCUACACCGAAUCCUCAAGUCUCAAUACGGAUUGUCACAGAAUCACCAGAGAUUACUUUGACUAAUCCAACCCAAGAUAGGGAGACGACUGAGGACCGUGCGCCGAGAUCAAGAUCAACCGGGUUCGGGGAUCCGAGAUCAAAGUCUAACGGUUGGGGGCUCGGCGGGAUAUUUCAAAGGUCGCACUCGACCAGCCGGUUGCUGGUUCCGCCGGGUGUGAGUCAGGAACGGUUCACCCUAAGGUUACCAGAGGAGAUAAGGACCCAGCUUGUUAAUUCGACACUAAACCGGACCAAGAGUACCAGCGGAACGGUGCUUCCAAGGGUCUGCAGUGCCAGGAAGGGUUAUCGGAGUGUGAGCGCAGGGUUUGGUCGCUGGAAAGAUAACGCUACAUCUUACGAACGGUUUGAAAGUAGUGGGCGGCCGGAGCGGUGGGUUUUCUCGGUAGUACCGCCAUUUUUUUCACGCUCGGGUUCAGCUACGUCAUCCAUGAAGGGUUCGUUGAUAGAAGGAGGAGAUGAUAUGGCAGCCCAUUUGAAGGCGGCUUCGUCAAAAUCGAAAGAACCACCGUCCGAUCAGUUGUACAGAGGGAGGGACGACGUGGGUGAAAGGUCAUCGGAUCCGCUCCGGCGGUAUGAUUAAAUUUAAGAUUACGCAUAAGGUACGUGAGCGUACGUACGCCACACUUGAUUUAUUAGUUCCAGGCUUUGUGUACAAAACAAGAAAAAAAAACAAUUAUAUUUCAAUUUAAAUUAUUCUUUUUUUACUCCUUAUUUGUAAUAAAAAUCAUCAGAUUUGAAAUUUUAGCACUUUUGUAAUUUGGUAUGAAUUUAGUUUUGAGAUGAGAUCAGAAACCAGAAAGACAAAAGAAAUACAAUAUCACAUGGAUUUGCAAUUCAA